CGCGUCCUCAGUAUUUAAUGUCUCUGUGUUCCUCUGGCCUGGGCAAGCACGUGGGGGAGCGGCCGCAGCGCAGCGGGGCUGGGCUGCUGGGCCCGGGGGCGGGGGGGCGGCGGCGGGCGAGGACUGUGCAUCCCGACUGUCGCCGAGGACCUGGUAUAAUUUCUUCAGGCCUCCAGGAUGGCCAUCCAGUUCCGUUCCCUUUUCCCCUUGGCAUUGCCUGGAAUGCUGGCAGUCCUCGGCUGGUGGUGGUUUUUCUCUCGUAAAAAGCAUGUCAGCAGCCAGGACAGACAGGUGGAGGCCAGCGCCGUGGAGCUGAGGGCUGGCCGAGCCAUCAAAGAGCCACGCCCCAGGGCGGACCCCUGUCCUGUAGUAGUGUCCGCGCCCCCCAGCCUCGUACUGCAGGCCGAGAAGGAGCCGUCUACUGGGAGCAAGCCUCCCGCGGAGCCCCCAGCCUUGCUGCGGCCACAUCCAAUCUGUCGCAGGUCCGAGUCCUCAGGCAGCCUUCCCAACACCACCGACCCGAGACUCCGACCAGGAACACGCAGAGAUGACAGCGCAAAGGUAGAGCUAGCCCUGACGCGUGAUGAAGCUGGGUCCGUUCCCCUGGAGUGUCCCCUUCCGGCCCCGAAGAGUGUUCCUUUCCCCCAUGAGGCAGCCGAGGUGUGCAAGCGAGAGCCCCCCUUUGGUGCUACAGGAGGGCGGAGCUGGCAGGGCCAGGCUGCGGCCCCCCAAGAGAAGCCGAGAGAGACGGGUGGGGCCGAAGGCACUGGUGAUGCGCUGUCAGAAGAAAGCAUGCUGGAGGAGGGUGUGUUGUCCCAGGAGCACGACUCUGAACCGGGGAUCAGCGAGGCACCCAGCCCCGCUCCCUCGGGAGGAGCGGGAGAGAAGGGGAAGGACAGCCCGACGCAGGCGGAGGAGGAUGCCGUGGGGAAGCUGCUGAGCGGCCUCAUGGAAUCGGCUCACACGGAGCUGAUGGAGGACGAGGAGCGGCUGGCGCCACGGGUCCGUGGCAGAGCCCGCGACGCAGACUGCACAGGGGAACCGGGCCAAGACGAAGUUGCGGAGCAGAAUGAGAAGAUCGAACAGGCUGCUUACCAGAUCAUCUCCAGAGUGAUCUUGGAGGCAACUGAAGAGGUGCUGGCCACCACCAUGGGCAGGAUUGCAGAUCGGGUGUACCAGGCCUCAGCCGGUCAGCUCCCAGGGCAGAAGGAGGAGAGCUGUGUGCCAGUCUGCCAGAAGACGGCCCCGGGGCGAGAUGCUGGGGAGCCCGCACUGGCCACCGUGGAGCCAGAGGCGGCCUCCGGCGCAGACGCUGCCCUCCGCUCGCCGGACCUGCCCGCAGACGGCCUGCCACCACCAAAGACCUACAGGAGCUGCCUGAGCAGCCCUCUGUCCAGCCCCAGCAAGGACAGGAAGCCAAAGAACUCCGCACACCACAUCUCCCUGGCCCCCUGCCCGCUGCCCGCUGCCCCCCAGGGAGGGUCGCUAGAUGAAGCCAGUGUCCUGGCAGAAAAGGCCGGAUGCACCCCCUGCACUUCUGACAACAGCCGGGAUGUCCCUUCGGUGGCCUCUGAGCCGUGCUCAGAUUCCAUCAGCACUUCGGGGCUGGAAGACUCAUGUACAGACACCAGCUCAAGCCCCAGGAGCAAGGCCAUCUCCCCGCCAUUGCCGGAAAGUACUGUGCUCUUCAGCAACGGGGUGCUGAAGGGGGAGCUGUCAGACUUGGGGAAUGAGGAUGGAUGGACCGUGGAUGCAGAAGCAGAUCAUUCGGGAGCUGGCGUCUGUGUGUCUGUGCAUGCUGCUUCCUCCCCUGCAGGCUCGGACGGGAACAGCAUGGAUUCAGUGGAUGGCUGCUGUGGCCCCAGGAAGACUGACAGUUUCCAGAACGCCCAAGCAGGCUCCAGUCCUAAGAAGGUUGACCUCAUCAUCUGGGAGAUUGAGGUGCCAAAGCACUUAGUUGGUCGGCUCAUUGGCAAGCAGGGGAGGUAUGUGAGUUUUCUGAAGCAAACGUCUGGUGCCAAGAUCUACAUCUCAACCCUGCCUUACACCCAGAACAUCCAGAUCUGCCACAUAGAAGGUUCUCAGCAUCAUGUAGACAAGGCACUGAACUUGAUUGGGAAGAAGUUCAAAGAACUGAACCUCACCAAUAUCUACGCUCCCCCACUGCCAUCCCUGGCACUGCCUUCUCUUCCAAUGACUUCCUGGCUCAUGCUGCCCGAUGGCGUCACCGUGGAGGUGAUCGUGGUCAACCAGGUCAACGCCGGGCACUUGUUCGUGCAGCAGCACACGCACCCUACCUUCCAUGCACUGCGCAGCCUGGACCAGCAGAUGUACCUGUGUUACUCUCAGCCCGGAAUCCCCACCUUGCCCACCCCAGUGGAAAUAACGGUCAUCUGUGCUGCCCCCGGCGUGGAUGGUGCCUGGUGGCGAGCCCAAGUGGUGGCCUCCUAUGAGGAAAGCAAUGAAGUGGAGAUCCGCUACGUGGACUAUGGUGGAUAUAAGAGAGUGAAAGUGGACGUGCUCCGGCAGAUCCGAUCUGACUUUGUGACUCUGCCGUUCCAGGGAGCAGAGGUCCUUCUGGACAGUGUGAUGCCCUUGUCAGACGACGACCACUUUUCACCCGAAGCGGACGCAGCCAUGAGCGAGAUGACCGGAAACACGGCGCUGCUGGCUCAGGUGACAAGUUACAGCCCGACUGGCCUUCCUCUGAUUCAGCUGUGGAGUGUGGUUGGAAAUGAAGCGGUGUUGAUAAACCGGUCGCUGGUGGAGCGAGGACUUGCUCAGUGGGUAGACAGCUACUACGCGAGCCUCUGACCCCCGUCCCCCACAGACGCUCCUGAAGUCUUUUUGCACUGUUGAAAUUGGGCUUGGCGCUGAGGCAAAGACGUUACAUCAGAAUAACAAACGUUAUCUUCCCCAGAAAGUCAUCUUUUUUUUUUCCCCCACACUGUUGUCAUGUUGAGAAGUCUCCUCUCUGAGACAAGGAAGGAACCAUGGGUUCCUUCAAAGCCAUGGGAUGGUGUAUAACAAGCCAGUCAGUUUAGCCUGGUUCCAAGCCUUUAAAAAAAAAAAAAAGAAAAGAAAGUGAAAGUAAAACUGUCUGAACCAAGUUGCCCUCCACCACCUCGGUUCCCUUCUUCCUUCCCACCUCCUCCCCUCACUCAGAGCCAGACCACCUGCAGCAGAUGGGCCAAGGGAUGUGUUGCCUGAGGGUUUCUUUUCCUUCAAAAUCUUUCUUCAGGGAGCAAGACAUGAAAUCACUAAUUGGUAUUGAUUACUUGUACAGCUUAUGUCAAUGAAUUUAUGAUGUUUAAUCACUUUUUAUAAACUUCAUCUGGGUCUCUAGGAAGGCAGACUUUUUAAUGCAUAUGUAAAUAUGAAGCAGUCAGGCCUUUGGCCUUGGUCGGUGGGGGAGGGGAACGGUUAUCUUGCCAAGCCUGGUUGUAAUUUGUAACCAUUUUCUAUUUGUGCAAACUCUGUAAAUAUAUGUUUAAAAAAUGUAAUAUUUUGUAUAAGAUACACUGGAGAACAAAGGGAACUCAAGAUUUUUCCACACCCCACAUCAUCUGUGAGCAGAAGUAACUUCUGCAGCGCACAGCACCCCUGCGGGCUCCUCCUGUGGCUUCCCGCAUACUGGACAGGGCGACUGUAGGGUAUAGAUUGUGAGCGGGGAUUUUUUUUUUUCCUGUACAAAUUUGUUUAAAAAAAAAAAAAUCAACUCAUUUGAAUUACCUUCCCGUGGUGUGUUUCUUUUUUUAGACUGGCUUCAGCAUUGUGCCGACAUAAGAAAGUAACUUAUAUAAAUCUUGAACUGUAUACACUGUAGCUUUGAGUCCAUUUCUUCCAGGGUGAAAGGGUUGGGGUGGGGAGUGAGGAGGUGGUGGUGAGUGGUGGGCUGGAGGGGCGCUCUGAAGGAGCCCCAGGGCUCUGGGAAGACCAGUUAGCCAGAAAUUUCCAUUUUUCCCUCUCCUUGCCCCUCAAGGUGGCAGCCAAGCUUCCUCUGGCUUUCCCUGGUGAGUGUCUCAGAUAGCCAGGCCUGAGUUUAAAGCACUGGUUUCCACAAUUCUUUGGGCAUUCUCAAUAGAUCUUUGAAGUUAUGUCAUUGGUUACAGCGGUAGGAACAAUAUAUGCCUACAUGGGGAGAGCAGAAUGACGUUUGAUUCUUUUAUAUAUUUAUUUAUUUUAUAGAGAGCGUGUAUACACAGGAGGGAGGGGCAGAGGAAGAGGGAGAAAGAAAGUGGACGCCCCACUGAGCCCAACAUGGGGCUCGAUCUCAGUCCUACAACCCUGAGAUCAUGACCUGAGUGGAAAUCCAGGGUCUGAUGCUUGACCGACUGAGGACCCUUCCCCCUGAGGGAAUCCUCCCACAGAGCUGCAGCCACUCCCCUAGCUGUAGGUACUGAGUGGUUGCUUUCCCUCAUCUGUGGGAUCAGCUCAUGGGACUAACCUCAACCUCAGGGCAAUGAAGUAAAAUCAUGGGAGUGUGCUUCUCUAGAGUUUGGCCCCAGGCGAGCUCUCAUGCGAUCAUAGCUGCAGGAUGACCUAAGUCCCAGCAGUAAUGGGCUGUGACAUUGGCCAGCUUGGGUUGCACCCAGUCUCAGCUUUUUCUGUAAACUCUGCAUCACUGGAGCAGACAAGGGGGUGUGGGCGCCUUCAAGCUAGUUUGGGGAGAGUCGCAAAGCCUGGUGUGCAGAUUUGGCCUUUGGGAGCUAUUGAGAGGUUUUAAUGGAGGGAGCCCCAGAAUUCUGGUUCCUGGUGGGGGAUGGGGUGGUCCAGACAAGAUAAGGGCUCCCAGUGAGACAACUCCUGGGGUGACAAGUGAUGGGUCAGGAUUCCUUGGACAAGGCCCCCAGGAUUGGGGCAGAUAGGUAGUGGGGAUGAGGAGGUGGGCUGCUCAGGGCUUACAGUCUCAGCCCUAGGGCUGGGUCCAUUUAAGAAGGCUUUGGUAUAUGGGAGUAAAGUGAGUUUGGAGGUUGGCGAAGGGCAUGUACUCUUUGAGUUAACCCUUCUCAGAUUACGGAGUUGGGAAAAAGUUGAUUUUGACCAUUUUGUUGGUCAUCUUGUUGCUCUUAGGAGUAGAUUUAUGGAGGUCCCGGCUCCCCCAUUCUGGACGCCAGUCCUCUGGCCAGUAUUUCAGACAUGUGCUCCGAGUUAACCGGGCCAUCCAGGGGACAGCUUAAGUAUGACUUUGAAAACUCAUGGUGCUGGAGGGAGACUUGGUCACCUGCCCAGGGUAUGGGGGAGACAGGUGGAGAGCUGGGUGCGGGAGGCUGGAGCUUCCAGCCUGUUCUCACUACAGGUGUUUAUUUCAACUGUUUCUCACCCCAGUCCUUGGGGCCCUGCCACGAGUGGCUGCUCCCAGCAGGGUGUCAGCCUGGAGGCUGGGGCCGGGGUUACUGCUCUGCCUUGUACAGCCUCAUGCAUGCCCCUUAACCAUCACGGGCUUGAGAUAAAUCAAGAUGAGUAGCCGGAGUGAUGGGGAACUUACUGUGUCAGUGUGCUGUUUUGCGGGAGAUACUUGGUCCUCAUGGAACCCCAGUGAGGCAGGGACUGACCCUGGAAAUAGAUGGUGACUUCAGAGAGUGGUUUGCAGUUGGACCCUCAAAGCCAGGCUGUUGUCCCAAGGCAGGUCUCGACCGCAGCUCCUCCGAAGCAACAUGAGAACUGAUCACACUUCGUUCCGCAUCCCCAGGUAGAGGCUAUACUCGUUAAGUCAUCAGCCCGCAAAACAGUCUUAAACUGAGAAUGGGAAAAACACCAUGGCAGGAGGUGAUCAAUCAUUUUGCUUAUAUAAGAAAUUAAAAUUGGAGAAAUGUAAAUAAAGCCAGGAAGAACAGGUAGCAUGUAGACCAGAGUGAACGUUUUUGAUCUUUGAUGAUCUAGAAAGGAAAAAAAUCUCCACUGGGAAAGGUCAUCAGGGAUAUGGACAGAAAAGAGAACAUCUGGAUGGUUUCUGGACCAGCACUGUCCAGUAGAAACAUGUGAGCCACGUGUGUAAUUUAAAAUUUUCUAGGAGCCUCAUUAGGAAGGAAAAAACCAGGUGUGACUAAUUUGAAUAGUUUGUUUAGCCCAAGAUUUCAACAUGUAAUGCACAUUGGAAAUAUCAAUGAGAUUUUAUAGUAUUUUCAUACUAAGUUUUGGGAAUCCUGUGUGUAGAUUUCACAUUUCCAGCCUGUCUUUUCCGACUAACCACGGCUCAGGUGCUCAGCCACAGGUGGCUGCCUUGUUGGGUACCAGACUGUCCCACUGAUCAGCAUCACACCAGUACUGACGGCCUUAUGUUGAUGUUUGUCCGUAUUCAAAAAGCUCUGGGUUCUUUUGCACAUUUAUUUUUCCAGAUGACCUUUAGCAUGAUUUUUUUUGAGAGGCAAUCAUGGUGAAUGUUCUACCGACAUUUGGAAAAAAUAAUGCAUGUUGUUGAUUUGUUAUAAAGUUUUAUGUACUAUAUUAAAUUGAGCUUGUAAAUUA